AUGAAGCUUCAAAUCACACUUCUGACCACUGUCCUUACCCUCUUCUCCUCUCCCGUCCUGGCAGCUGCUGUUCCUGACCCAGCGCCAGAACCAGAACCAGCCCAAGCCUCGGGAACAAGCCACAACCCAAGCACACAAUAUAACUGGCACUUCGAUCUGUUCAAGAACAAGCGCUGCAGCGACGCAGCAAUCAACAUCAACGGCACCGGAUCCAGCGGAUGCAGAAAAGAUGUUCCAAAGGGUGGUAUUGUCGCGUUCACCAAGGUGGAUGUUGAUCCGCACUGUAAGGUGACGCUGUACAAGGAUAGCAAGUGCUCGAAAGGUCAGGAUAUUGGUAGCAUUGAUUCCGACGCGAAGACUACCUGUGCUUUGGCUUCGAAGAAGAAGGCGCAUAUUAAGAGUUUCCAGGUGAAGUGUUAG